CUUAAUACGCCUCAGGAAUGUGCUAAACUCAGGUAUGUUUGUCACGUUGCCUCAGGUGAGGUCACGUGACAUGCGGCUUGUUUUUUUCCCUCCCCAAUGUGACGUCAUUAGGCGCACUCGAGUAUCGAUCAAUAAUGAUGAAUCUUAGAACAUGUGUCCAGUAGAGUGGAAAGAAAUGAAGCUGCACCUUAUUCUAUUAGGCUGGGGGUUUUAGCGAGGGGUACAAAAGUAUGGCCCUGAAGACAUCCCCAUUCCCCAACCCGUGUGCUGAGGGCAUCCAUGCAGCUGGAUGGGCAUUGAUUCUACCAUGUUUUUGGUUUCUUGACCGCCUCAUCGCCGUGUGCAAGUUGACCACCCUCGAACGGCAGCAAGAGGACACGUGCUACCUCUUCCCCCUUAAGGUCUUCUUUGGCUCCAUCGUCUUCUUCACUUUGUUUAUCGUGACUUCACCCAUAGCCUUGCUGGGCUUCCUGCUAUGGGCCCCGCUGCAAGCGUGCCGCCGACCUUUCUGCUACCACAGAGAGACUGCGUCACUCCAGAGUGAAACGCAAAGGGGCUUCGAGCUGGAGGGAAAGGCUUCGUUUGUCUUCGCGUCGGCCAACUUAUGUCUUCUCCCCGACAGUCUUGCUCGCUUUAACAACCUGGGGCACACCCAGCAAAGGGCCACGGCAAUCGGCGAGUGUAUCGCUCAGGGUGUCGGCCGACCCAACAUUCGCAUCUUUAUCGACUCCCCCAGCAGCUGUGGCACUAUGAGCCCCUCCAACAGUGUGGCCCCUGCAACUAACGCCUCUGAAUAUGGUGAUACGAAGAGAGCGACUUCAAACCCAAUGUCACACAGUGAUGUGGUUGAUAUACCUUUUGGGGAUACAAAAGAAACCUCUCCGUCCUUCCAGCACAACUUUAACCAGAACUCCAACCAGCAGGGCGACGAGGGCCAGCACAGUGCCUCCCGCACUUUGCGUUCCCAGGGACUCUGCACGUUGGAUGACGUACCGUGGGAAGUGUCCACCAUGUUCCCGUCCAAUGUGGACAUUCUCUGCCUAGAGGAGGUGUUUGAUAAGCGGGCUGCAAAGAAACUCACCAGUGCGCUAAGUCCUUUGUUUGCACACAUACUCUACGACAUAGGGGGGUACGCCUGUCAACCUCCGUGCAGCUGUUCUUCUUUUAAGUUCUUCAACAGCGGCCUCUUCCUGGCCAGUCGAUUCCCCAUCUUGGAGGCCCAGUAUCACUGCUUUCCCAACAGUAAAGGUGAAGAUUCUUUAGCUGCCAAAGGCCUCCUCUCCACUAAGGUGCUAAUUGGGAAAAACCAGAAGCAGAAGAAAGUAACUGGUUAUUUCAACUGUAUACACCUUCAUGCACCAGAAGGUGAAGGAGCAAUCCGCUGUGAGCAGCUAAACAUGGUCACAAAGUGGAUUAGUGAUUUCCAAGCGGCCAACAGACAGCCUGAUGAGGAAGUGGUUUUUGAUGUUCUCUGCGGCGACUUUAACUUUGACAACUGCUCACCAGAUGACACUUUGGAACAGAAUCACAAUCUCUUUGAGGAGUACAAAGACCCUUGCAGAGCAGGGCCAGGGAAAGAGAAGCCCUGGGUCAUUGGGACUCUGCUGGAGCAGCCAACACUGUAUGAUGACAAUGUGAACACCCCAGAAAAUCUACAAAGGUGCUUGCUCAGUGUAACAUUGGAAAAUGACAUGCUGAGAAAGCGUUAUAUCUGCCCGCCCGUACCCGCCACAGGCUCGCCAUUGGUUUACCCUGAAACUGACCAGCCGUGGAUUGGACGACGGAUUGAUUAUAUCCUAUUCCGGGAAAAAUCCAUCUCCAAGCACUGUCAAACCGAGGUGGAAGAGGUAUCAUUUAUAACCCAGCUGGCUGGCCUGACGGACCAUAUUCCUGUGAGCUUAAGACUGAAUGUCAGAAUGGAUUCAUAAAUUUGUUCAUAAGUUAGAUCUAUGUAUGAUCAUAAUUCAGUUUCAAAGAAAGGGAACAAAAAGUACUGAAAAAUAAACUGCUGUAUAGCCAUAAUAAAUGUAUGUUUACAUGAUGUAUUUUGAUUUAAAUCUUAAUGUGGAUGGACUGACUGGAAAUCUCUGUAAAAUAUCUCAGGUGGUGUUUGUAUGGGGUUCUCUGAAUACUGGCAGUAUUCACCUUUGCACAUUUAGGCUUCUUAUGAAAUUUUGUAUACGUUUUGUUAAUUUCAUUACAAAAUAUAGCUAAGCAAAUAAAUAAUUGCUGUACAACAUUGUGUAUAAUUAUUUACAAUACCUAUUAUUUUGUCUGUUUCCCUGCUGACAAUGUGACACUUUUCUUUCGUCUAAAAGACAUUUCUUGACUGUCAUAGCCUGAAGAACUGGCAUGACCAGAAACUGAUUUCCACUUGUCGCAGUUGAACCUAACCAGGAUUUCAGAGGAAACAAUACAGUGCUGGCCAAAAGUAUUGGCACCCUUGAAAUUCUGUCAGAUAAUGCCCAGUUUCUCUCAGAAAAUGAUUGCAAUUACCAAUGUUUUGGUAGUAAUAUCUUCAUUUAUUUUUCUUGGAAUGAAAAAACACAAAAGAGAAUGGGGACAUUUUUUUUUUUUUUAAAUCAUUAUCGUUUUGCACAAAACUCCAAAAAUGGGCUUGACAAAAAUAUUGGCACCCUUUGAAAAAUCAUGUGAUGCUUCUCUAAUUUGUGUAAUUAAGUUCCUUUUACUUACCUGUGGCAAUAACUAAAUCACACUUGCAGCCAGUUAAAAUGGAUUAAAAUUGACUCAACCUCUGUCCUGUGUCCUUGUGUGUACCACAUUGAGUAAGGAGAAAAGAAGAUUAUGUACUGUCUGAGGACUUAAGAAGCAAAAUUGUGAGAAAGCAUGGGCAAGCUCAAGGCUACAAAUCCAAUUCCAAAGACCUAAAUGUUCCUGUGUCUACCGUGCGCAAUGUCAUCAAUAAGUGUAAAGCCCAUGGCACUGUGGCUAAUCUCCCUAGAUGUAGACUGAAAAGAAAAAAUGACAAGAGAUUUCAAAAAAAGAUUGUGCGGAGGGUGGAUGAAGUACCUCGACUAACAUCAAAACUAGUUAAGUUUGGAGAAGGCACCCUUCAAAUCUCAGACCUGGAGCAGUUGGCUGAAGAAGAAUGGUCUAAA